UCUGAGUUUUCCUGUUUGUUCGACGCAUUUUCGGGGAAAAGCAAGGAUCCUUUUCUCUUUCAACUCUGUUGCAAGAUACAAAUGCCGCGCUUGCUUCAUGGGACGCUUCAUGCUGAUAUAUAUAGAAUCGACAGACUUCAAACUGGAUUUCCUAUUUUCUGUGGGAAGGACAAAAGGUCGACCAAAAAGUUUCUUGCCGGAGUGAAGAGACGCAUCCUUUGCCGUCCCGAGAUUGUUGGAUCUCAAAUGUAUGCAACAGUCGAUCUUGAUAAGGCCAGAGUUGGCAGGACGAGAAUAGUGGAUCAGCCAUACAGUCCUCAGUGGAACGAUCAUUUUCGUAUAUAUUGUGCUCAUACAGUGUCACACAUUAUAUUCACAGUUAAAGAUGGAGAUGUAAUUGGUGCAACAUUAAUUGGAAGAGCUUAUGUGCCUGUUGAGGAUAUCAUUAAGGGAUUUGUAUAUGAGAAAUGGGUUGAAAUAUUAGAUGAAGACGGUAAGCCUUUGUAUGGUCGUUCUAGAAUCCAUGUAAAGUUGCAAUUUUCAAGUGUUAAUGAAGACAGGAACUGGUCCCGAGGAAUCCCAGAUCCAAAGUUCAGUGGGAUACCUUUCACAUUCUUCAACCAAAGAUGGGGUUGCAAAGUUUCUCUUUACCAGGAUGCUCAUGUUUUAAACAACUUCCUCCCUCGAGUUGGUUUGUCAGGAGGGAAUUUUCAUGAAGUACACAGGUGUUGGGAGGACAUUUUUGAUGCAAUUAGCAAUGCAAGACACUUGAUUUACAUAACUGGUUGGUCUGUGCAUACCGGAAUAACUUUGAUAAGAGACCGGGAAAGAAGACAGACAGGAGAGGAUAUUACUCUGGGACAACUGCUAAAGAAGAAGGCCGAAGAAGGUGUGACUGUUUUGCUUCUUGUUUGGGAUGACAGAACUUCCGUUGAAGAGUUCAAAAGAGAUGGUUUGAUGGCAACCCAUGAUCAAGAAACUGCAGAAUACUUCAGGAACUCGAAGGUACAUUGCGCUCUGUGUCCACGGAAUCCUGAUGUUGGUAGAAGUAUAAUUCAGGGUUUUGAGACGGCUACCAUGUUUACUCAUCACCAAAAGACAGUUGUGCUUGAUAGUGAAAUAGCUGGUGGAGGAACAGAGAAAAGAAGGAUCAUAAGUUUUGUUGGUGGCAUUGAUCUGUGUGAUGGGAGAUAUGAUACACCAAAGCACCCUUUGUUUUCAACUCUAGAUUCAAUCCACUAUAGCGAUUUUCACCAGCCUAGCAUUUCAGGCUCUUCAAUUAGGAAAGGUGGUCCUCGGGAACCAUGGCAUGACAUCCAUUGCCGCCUAGAAGGGCCUGUUGCUUGGGAUAUUCUGUACAAUUUUGAACAAAGAUGGCGAAAGCAAGUUGGAAACAACUUGUUAAUUCCAAUGCAAAAGCUUGAAGAAACCAUUACCCGCCCAGUAAUGGUUCUACCAGCAGACGACCCCGACUCCUGGAAUGUUCAAAUAUUUCGGUCUAUUGAUGGUGGUGCUGUAGAUGGCUUUCCAGAUACACCUGAAGAUGCAUCCAGAGUAGGCCUUGUAAGUGGGAAGGAUAAUGUUAUAGAUAGGAGUAUUCAAGAUGCUUAUAUUAAUGCUAUUCGCAGAGCGAAAAAUUUCAUAUAUAUUGAGAAUCAAUAUUUCCUUGGAAGCUCUUAUGGUUGGAAAUCAAAUGGUAUAAGGGUAGAAGAAAUCAAUGCUUUGCAUCUUAUUCCAAAGGAGAUCUCGUUGAAGAUUGUGAGCAAGAUUGAAGCUGGAGAGAGAUUUACAGCAUAUAUUGUCAUUCCAAUGUGGCCAGAAGGCAUUCCUGAGAGUGCUUCAGUUCAAGCAAUAUUAGAUUGGCAAAGGAGAACCUUAGACAUGAUGUACACAGAUAUAGCUCAAGCCCUUCGGAAGAAGGGUCUCGAUGCAAAUCCUAGAGAUUACUUGACAUUCUUCUGCCUUGGCAAUCGAGAGAAGACGAGAAGUGGAGAAUAUGUACCACCAGAGAAACCAGAGCCCAAUUCAGAUUAUGCUCGGGCUCAAGAGCACCGACGUUUUAUGAUCUAUGUUCAUUCAAAAAUGAUGAUAGUUGACGAUGAAUACAUAAUUAUUGGGUCUGCCAACAUCAACCAGAGGUCAAUGGACGGAGGAAGAGACUCCGAGAUUGCAAUGGGGGCUUUUCAACCUCAUUAUUUGGCAUCUGGUGAGCCUGCAAGAGGUCAAAUCUAUGGCUUCAGAGUGGCUCUAUGGUACGAGCAUCUUGGUCUGUUUGACAAAGCCUUCCAUAACCCAGAGAGUGAAGAAUGCAUCCAAUUCGUAAACAAGCUCGCUCUAGAGAACUGGCAAUUUUACUCAGACGAUACCUUUGAUGGCGAUCUUCCUGGCCAUCUGCUUUCCUAUCCCAUCCAAGUAGGCUCAAACGGAUCGGUUUCGGCGCUGCCAAAGUUUGAAUUUUUCCCUGACACGAAGGCUCGUGUUCUUGGGCAACUAGCCGAGUAUCUACCUCCAAUCCUUACCACUUGACGACAUGUCGUGUGAGGAGGAUUAUUUGCGUGAUUUGAUCAUCUCCUCGUACCUAGGAUUGGUUGGUCAAAAGAUGUAAAUAUGUUGUGUCGGUAAAGAUUUGAUCUUUAGAUGACUUGAUUGAUGUUGAAUUGUUUCAUUAUUCUCAGAACAAAAAGGGAAAGUUAGAAAUUGGAACAAUACAGAAGACUAGAAGAGAAAAGAAUAGUUUUUAUAGACUUAAAAUAUUGGAAUAUAUUCUCAAAUUUGACC